AUGGGGCUCAGUCAUAGCAAUUGUUUUUCAAGCUCUACAUGCUUUGCCGCGACUGUUAGAAACCGGCCCAAGCUGACACCGGAGGAGGUUUCGUUGUUGCCGCUCAUUCCACACUCCGUAUAUGCCAGACUCUCGCUUCAUGUGUAUGGUAAACCAAACGGCCCACCGGUGCCGAGUCCGUGGGAGGUUCUCCUGACAGCGACGGAUCUGGGCUUGGAUAAGGAAGGGUACUUUGGCGUAGCGUACAUCAAUAAGAAAUUGCGUCACUGCAUCAUUGCCCAGCGGGGGACGACAAACGCGCUGAGCCUACGAGCGGGUGUUUGGACUUACUUUGAUGAGCGCACCAUCCUGUUUGGCCUGGCGCGGCAGUUUUCAAAGCAAGUUCGUCUAUUCCUGAGUGUCACACAUGGGGAAACACCCGAGUGGUUUAUUAGCUAUACUGGCCAUAGCCUGGGCGCUGUUCUUGCGGCAUGUCGGUCUGUAGAGGAACACACGUACGCCAUCACGUUUGAGUCACCGGGUUGCAAAAACUUCAUUGAGAAGACCAUGAGUCCAUUGAAGGCGGACGAUGCCGACAUCAUCACGUACCUCCGCUCGCCCAACCCAAUCAAUUCCCUUCGACCUCAGUGCGGGUAUGUCGUUCAGAUACCUGUGGAAUCCGAAGAGAGCGCUUCCUUGCAGCCUCGUGUAGUGUCUUCCUCUAUGUUGCGCCUACCUUCUAUUCCCUCCCCGCAGGAGUUUAUACGAGGACAAAUGCCCCGUGUGGUAGGUAUACCGGACAUUCAGCAGUACGUCGGCAAAAUUGGGCCACUUCUGCGUGAGAUGUUGGAACACACGCAGCAGGUUCAUACUAUGACUGCCAUUCUUGUUCACUUUGAAGGCAAUGACGAACCCUCCAAUGGGCGUGUUGUGUUGCGUUGGCCAUCCACGCUAAUGCAAUUUUUGGAGUAUUAUAAUGCGAAAAAGGCAUUAGAGGGUAGUGUGAAUCAGCAACCGAACCUUGAUGCCGCCUAUGAGUCAUUGAUAAGGGACCUCUACGUCACGGUUGAGCGACCCAAGAAUAGUUUGCCGCUACGAUUCCUCAGUGGGGACUCGGUAAGGAUUCUACGACUAUGGUGGCAGGAAACCCCUGCAAGGUUGGCAAAACUGCCGCUCACGUUGACGGAUCAUAAAGUACUCAACACCAUCACUAUUGAGGAUGGUUGUAUGUGUACCUCUGUUAUUACCACGUUCCAGGCGAAACAAUAUCUCUCGCUACUCGUUUUCAGGCCUGAGAUACGUAAGGUACUUAGCCAAGUGGGGUUCGAUCCCCUGCUUGGAAACCGAAGUAAACUUUAA